AUUUGACGUUCUCAAAACACAACGAGUAAAAAUAUAUGAAGUUAGGCACUUUGUAGUUAGUUUUAAGUUAUAUGAGAAAAUACACAAAACACAGCAACCAUAAUUUAUAUAGAAUAUUCAAUUUAUUACUAAUCACUUGACUUAAAGUUAUAGACCAAUCACCAUUUUUAAUAUAGAUCAACAUAAAGUUUAAUUUCAAAAUGUUCUUGUUGGAAUCUAAAAAUGUAAUUUAAAUAAAAGUUGGAGUAUUUACACUUCAUGAAAGUAUUACUUAAUGAGUAUUAACUAUGUACAUCACAAAUAAGAAAAUUCAGUCUUUCAAAUGCAGAGGGCGUAAGAAAAAAAUUGUUGGUUUAGUUAUAGUAUUAUUAUUUUUGAUAAAUGCAAUGUUUUAUGUGAGUUUAGAGUUAUUAAAUACAAUCAAAAGGAGAAACAAGAUUGCCUGGUAUAAUAAUUUAUCAUAUGACCAAGAUUCAUAUAUGGAUAGAAGUGGUAUGAGGGUGAUUGUUGGUCAUUAUGUUGGAGGUCAUGGAGGGGGUAAUUUAUCUGAAGAUGUCAUAAACACAAAUCACUAUGCUCCGGUAGAAGGAGCUGGCGAGGGUGGCCGACCAGUCCAGCUUCUCCCCAAGGAGAUCAUACCGGCUAGGGAGCUUUACAGCUUACAUUCCUAUAACAUAUUUGUUAGUGAUAGGAUAUCUAUAAAUAGACAUCUUCCAGAUAUGAGGAGUGAAAGUUGCAGAAAUGUGAAAUACGAUAUAGAAAAUCUCCCUACAGCAAGUGUCAUAAUAGUCUUCCACAAUGAAGCUUGGUCCACUCUCAUGAGGACUGUCAUGUCUGUUAUAUUGAGGUCACCAGAUAUGUUAUUGAAGGAGAUAAUCCUAGUAGAUGAUGCUAGUGAUAGAAAAUAUUUAGGUAAGGAGCUGGACGAUGCUGUUGCCAAUUUAGAUAAAGUGGUUAUAUUGAGAAGUUUGAAUAGGACUGGUUUAGUUGGUGCUAGGCUCAUGGGCGCCAAAACAGCCACGGGGAACGUAUUAGUUUUUUUAGAUGCACAUUGUGAGGUAACAAAAGGUUGGUUGGAACCUCUUUUGGAUAGGGCUGGGAGUGAUGACGUUUUUAUAUGUCCUCAUAUCGAUCUGUUGUCCGAUGAUACAUUGGCUUACACAAAGAGUAUUGACGCGCACUGGGGCGCUUUUAGUUGGCGUCUACACUUCAGAUGGCUGAUGCCAAGUAAUGAGAUAAUGAUGAAUAAAUCCAGGUAUCCUUCCAAACCGUUUCCAACACCGGCCAUGGCUGGUGGAUUAUUUGCUGUAAGAAAAAGUUUGUUCUGGCGUCUGGGUGGCUAUGACGAGGAAAUGUCGAUUUGGGGUGGAGAAAAUCUGGAACUUUCAUGGCGAGCGUGGCAGUGUGGUGCCAGAGUAGAGAUAACGCAUUGCUCAAGAGUUGGUCAUAUAUUUAGACGACAUAGCCCAUACAAAUACCCUGGGGGAGUAUUUAAAGUGCUCAAUACAAAUUUAGCGCGAGCAGCAACAGUUUGGAUGGAUGAAUGGGCUGAUUUCUUCUUCAAAUUUAACCCAUCUGUGGCCGCCAUACGCGAUACGCAAAAUGUAGCAAAUCGUAUCGAGCUGCGGAAAAAUUUGAAAUGUAAGAGCUUUAAGUGGUAUCUGGAAAAUGUGUGGCCCAAAAAUUUCUUUCCCAGUGAUGAAAGGUGGUUUGGCAGAAUACGGAAUGAUAAAGAAGGUUGUAUAGGCGUCGUUGGUGGAACACCAGGCUUGGGAGGUCCCGCAUCCGGUGUACAUUGCGGUAGUGAUCUUGAUCUUGACAGACUGUUAGUCUACACCCCCGAUGGUAAUAUAAUGGCGGACGAAGGUCUAUGCCUCCAGCAAGGAAAUGGGAGAUCUGUAUGGAAAAGCUGUAGUGAAAAUAAGAAACAAAUAUGGAAGCAGAAAGGUCCAAGGUUGGUAACUCUAGAUGGACUAUGCUUGACAAUGCUUAAAGCGGAUGACAAACAGCCCUUUGGUGCUUUAACAGCUAAGAGAUGUCUCAACGAUAGUCGACAAAUAUGGCAUUUCGAAAGAGUGCCCUGGCGAUGAUGUGAUACAUUAUAUACAAACUUAGCUAUUCUAAAAAUAUACAAUCUUUAUACAUAUGUAAUAAGUGAAAUAUGAGAUAAUUCUUACUGACUUGUAACAAUAAUGGAAGUUAUGAUCUGAUCUUAAUAACAAGGUUGUGAUAAUUUAGCAUUUCUCUAAUCAGUUAUAAUUUAGUACUAACUAUGAAUAUUAAUAUUUUUAUUUGAUGCAGCUUUUAUUAAUUAUGUAAGGCAUUGACUUUAAUAACAAUAUUAUUAUUAUUAUUAUUAUUUUUUAUUUAAAAUGUAUUUAACUGUGAUUUAUUAUAUUUCAUGCAUUUAACUUAUAUAUUUAAAUUUUUUAUAUGGAGUUAUCUUAGUAUUUUUUUAUCAACGAGGAUUACUAUGAAUUUAUGUACUUAAUAUUGACAAAUAAUAAUGACAAAUAUAUACAGGAAUAUAUUAUUAACAAUUUUAUUAUAUUCACAUAUCUGAAAUAUUUAUAUUAUAAAAAGAAUUGUUAAAAAGACUAAAUAUUAACAUAAUUAUCAAAAUUUAUUAUACUGCACACUUUGAUAUAGUCUGUGUUCAUAUGAUAUACUCUGUGUUAACUAUUAUGAUUAAAAUAAAAACUUUUUUUACAAAUUUUAUAUUAUUAAUGUACUAAAGUAUUAAUGUAAAAUAAGGUGUUGUCUCCAAGCUGAGGUUCGCGAGGGAGUUAGGACGAUAUUUUGCAUAUGAACAGUUCAAAUAUUAAAGUUAUGUCCUGUU